UAAACUUCCCAAAUCACAUGGCGCACACAGUAUUCACACUAACUGACUGAAUGUGAGAGGAGAGAGAUUUUUGUCAUAUUGUCAAAGCCAAAGCUAAGUCUCUUUUUUUCCUCUAAAACAAAAGUGUAACGUAUGAAAUAUGGUUUUAUGUUGAUAAGUUUUUUUUAGUUCAUUUGGGGGAAAAUGGAGAUGGUUAGUGGAGAUCAGCCGACCGAUGACGCUCCGGUGACGGUGCAAGCUUCUCUCGACGAAGAAACUGGACUGGAAGAGCCUAUGGGGCAGUUGUCGGUUGGCACUGAAGCAGGAUCGUACCCUGAACGGCUUAACGAGCCUGAUUGUAUUUAUUACUUGAGGAACGGAAUCUGUGGCUAUGGCUCUCGUUGUCGGUUUAAUCAUCCUCGUGAUCGGAGUUUGGCUGUGGGAGAAAGAAGAGCUACUGGAGGAGAAUACCCUGAGAGAGCUGGCCAGUUUGUUUGCCAGUACUAUAUGAGGACGGGAAUGUGCAAAUUUGGUGCUUCCUGCAAAUACCACCAUCCAAGACAGGGAGGGGAAUCUCCAAGCCUGGUGAUACAUAACAUUUAUGGUUACCCGCUGCGACCGAAUGAAAAGGAAUGUUCGCACUAUAUGAAAACAGGGCAGUGUAAAUUUGGCAUCACCUGUAAAUUUCACCAUCCACAGCCAGCUGGUGUGCAAGUUCCAGCAUCAGCAGCUGGACCUUUUCCUUUGCCAGCGGCUGUUCCACCGCCAGCCACUUAUCCAGAACUGCAACCUCUUCCUGUUGAUUCAGCUGAACAAUAUGGAAUGGUUACUGGCAACUGGCCAGUUAUAAGGCCUGCUCUGCUUCCAGGUUCCUAUAUUCCUGACACAUAUGGUCCUAUGCUUUUUCCCCCUGGAAUGGUUCCCGUGUCGGAUUGGACUCCUUAUCUGGGUUCUACUAGUCCAGUGCCAUACCAAACUACUCAGUUUGCAGCUGGAGCAGGUCCAGUGCCAUCCCAAAUUACUCACUCUGCAGCUGGAGCAGGUCCAGUGCCAUGCCAAACUUCUCACUCUGCAGCUGGAGCAGGUCCAGUGCCAUCCCAAACUACUCAGUCUGCAGCUGGAGCAGGUCCAGUUUAUGGUCAUACACAACUAUCUGCUUCAGCACCUGCCUACGCAAGCCCAUAUGUGUCUCUUAGUGCUUCUCUUGGUGCUUCAAGCAGCAUCCAGGAUGGACUUGCAUUUCCGGAAAGACCUGGGCAGCCUGAAUGUCAUUAUUACAUGAAGUAUGGGGAUUGCAAAUUUGGAUCUUCAUGUAAAUACCAUCAUCCACCUGAGUGGAGUGGAUCAAAGGCAGCUCUUAUCCUCCGUGCUAUGGGUCUUCCUCCUGACCUAGGAGGAUGAACAGGUAUUUUAAAGUCACUGUAUCAAGUAUUGCUUUUAGAAGAUCUGACACGGGUGCAACAACUAUAUUGGAGAGUCCGUGCAACAUAGUUCGUCAAGUCUGUGUAGCAAAGAAUGACAUUCCAUGUACAGUUGCGUGCAGUGGUGGGACUGCUCCACCCUUAACAAGAGGUCUCGGGUUUGAGCCCUGAGUAUGGAGAAAAAUCCUGUUGGGAGCAUACCCCCGAAUGAGCCCUGCAGUGCACCAUCUGAAUUUAGUCUGGGAUCCAAUGCAGGCUCCGGAUACCGAGUGAGAAACAAAAAAAAGAGAAUAUCAAAAACUCACUCUCUUUUAGAGAUAUCUGAUAUACGAAAGAAGGGAUUUUCCGUUCACCGUAUGGACCGAUCUAGAUCCUGUACCUGAUCCUGAUGAAAGUCAGGUUGAAACCUGCUUUCAUUCAAUCACUUUGGGCUCAUCAUCUCAAUGAAGAGGUGCUACUAAAACUGGAGCAAGUCCAAGAUGGCAGCCUUUAUGGAAUACUCCAAGAAAUAUGCGACUGAUGAAGGCUAUGGGAGCAAGAAGAGCUACUGGAGGAGAAUGCCCUGAGAGAGCUGGCCAAUAUGUUUGCCAGUGUGUGAUCUAGCAACAGAAUUCAUUUUGGAUGCUGCUUGAAGCAGCAAGAGAAGCAGUAAGAGACACAUAUGGCCCGGCGUAGGCAGGUGCUGAAGCAGAUAGUUGUGUAUGACCAUAAAACUGGACCUGCUCCAGCUGCAUACUGAGUAGUUUGGGAUGGCACUGGACUAGUUGAACCCUGCACCAGAUAAUUUAAUACUUAGCCGAUUAACAUUGCAUUUCAGGAAAGAUCUAUAUCAACAGUUGCAACAAACACUUACAAUAUAAAUACCAGAUAAGGAGUCCAAUCCAGCACAGGCACCAUUCCAGGGGGAAAAAGCAUAGGACCAUAUGUGUCAGGAAUAUAGGAAACUGGAAGCAGAGAAGGCCUUAUAACUGGCAAGUUGCCAGUAACCAUUCCGUAUUGUUCAGCUGAAUCAACAGAAAGAGAUUGCAGUACUGGAUAAGUGGCUGGUGGGGGAAGAGCCGCUGGUAAAGGAAAAAGUCCAGCCGCUGAUGCUGGAACUUGCACACCAGCUGGCAGUGGAUGGUGAAAUUUACAGGUGAUACCAAAUUUACACUGCCCUGUUUUCAUAUAGUGCGAACAUUCCUUUGCAUUCUGUGAAAUGAACUCAAUGAGCCAAAUCAGAAAGAUAAUUUAAUGGUCAAACUUUUCAAAGGAGACAAGGAAAAGGAUUGAAAACACAAAAUGAAUGGAGAUAGCAAUACAAGGAGACAGAAGGAACAUGAAAAGAAGACAGACCUGUCACAGCGGGUAACCAUAAAUGUUAUGUAUCACAAGGCUUGGAGAUUCCCCUCCCUUUCUUGGAUGGUGGUAUUUGCAGGAAGCACCAAAUUUGCACAUCCCCGUCCUCAUAUAGUACUGUAAAUCAUAACCAGGAACAACUAGCAUUAUAACAGUGAACAUUACAGUCUUAUACAUGAAAGUUUUGCAAGAAUUCCAAAUUCAUGACAAAUGGCCAUCUAACUUUACUGACCAAUAGUUCUCAUAUUCAACAAUCACUUAGGUUAAGUGGCAGCAAAUCAUAUAUUAGAAAACCUCAUAAUGUAAAUCACAGUUUGGAAUAGAAGACCUGGACUGCCUGAAUGUCAUUAUUACAUGAAGUAUGGGGAUUGCAAGUUUGGAUCUUUGUGUAAAUACCAUCAUCCACCUGAGUGGAGUGGAACAAAGGCAGCUCUUAUCCUCAGUGCUAUGGGUCUUCCUCCUGACAUGUAUACAUAGGAUCUAAUCAAAUCAUAUUGAGCAACAUUUCAAAUUAUCCUCUACGUGUGUUGCUUGCAGCUUCCGUCGGAGGUGAUCGUUCUGAUCCGUACAUCCAUUUGUAGGUCUGCAUAUGAUCUAACCAAAUUAUCUCAAGUGACCUCUUGUCUUAUUCUCUAUGUGUAUUGUUAUCACCUUUUAUAGGAGGUGAUCAUUACGAUAUUGUCUAAUCUUGUAUUUGUGUACAUCCAUCUCAACAUUCUUAUUUUAACAUUUUUGUUCCCAUAACAAUGCCUUACAGAGUCUUUUUUGCCAGUAAUAAAUACUUGUUCAUCUUAUUCUUCAUCCUUGAGUGGCUACCUUGUCAAUGAAUGUAAUAAAAUGUUCCUAUUCUUGCCAAACUGAUGAUAUAGUUUGGAUAUUAUAUUUCUUGGCUGAUUCUUGUACUUGGGAGAAACACUUCCCUUUUCAGUUUAUCCUUAAUAUAAUGAUAUCUUUCUAAAGUUAUUAACUAUUUAACUUUAAGCCUUACAUUUUACCCUUUAAUGACAUGAUUUUUAAUAGCCACAAGAAUGUCUAUGACAUGUUUUAGAGCACAAGUUUUAAAGUCUGUUUUCUUUGUUUUCUUUCUUAAACUCCAUGUUCAACCAAACACAUUCACAUAAAUGGGACAGAGGGAGCAAUAAUUUUCCAGUGAGAAUUUGUGCGUCUCUUGAAUGCCUAAAAAUACCAGAAAACCUGGGAAGUGCUUUAAAUGGCCUCUGCAUUGUGGUUGUCUCAGGAUUCUUGUUUCUAAUUACUGGUUCAAGUGCAGAAAAAAUUGUUGAAACUUCGCCAUUUCUCAUAAAGCUAGAAUAAAAUGCAAGAUGAUCUGCUGGAUUUGGUCCCUACUCCCAGGCAUUGUUCUGAUUUGUGACACUUUUUCACUUCAACUGGGGUCAUGCAAACAUGUGAUGUUAUCUGAAGUUCCAGUUUUUAAUUAGUUGCUUCUUUUUUGUUUAUUGUGUUAAGAGAGUCAAAAUUUGUCUAGUUUGUUCAAUAUGUUAACUUAGAUUUUAUUUUUGUUCUUUAUGACCAUGGUGUCCCGGCCAACUUUCAUGCACCUCAACUAAUUUCACGGAUAUCCGCCACCUCUCACCAGCAACCUGUACCAGGUAACUCUAUCCACCAAGGCUAGGACAGAUGGGAAUAAUCACCUAGUGUUAUUCCACGGGAUACCUGCCACCACCCACAGGGUGCACCGUGCAACCACUACUCACAAAAUGGAGUGUGCAGAUUUGGAUCUUUUGGCAAGAUGCACGUUAACUUGCAUGUAUUUCAAUUGGAGUUUGUAUCAUCUUUCUGCUCGGUGAGACCAAGAAUAUUUGCAGAACUGAUGAAGUAAAUCUAUUUAUUUCAGCAGACGGAGUCCUUGUAUGAUUUUAAUUGGACAUCCUUGAAGAGAGGAGUGUGAACAGGUAUUUUUAAGUCACUGUAUCAAGUAUUGCACUUUUAGAAGAUCCGACAUGCGCACAACAACUAUUUUGGAGAGUCUGCACAACAUGGUUCGUCAAGUCUGUGUACAAGUAUGGCAAAAUAUGACAUUCCAUGUACAGAGAAUGUCAGGAACCAACUCUCCCUAUUCUUUAGAGACAUGAGAUAUAGGGAAAAGAAAACUGUUGAAGACAUUUGUAGAACGAAGGGAUUUUCCCGUUCAUCAUAUCGACCGAUCCAGACCCCGUACCUGAUCCUGAUGAAAGUCAGGAUGAAACCUGCCUUCAUUCAAACACUUUGGGCUCAUCAUCUCAGUGAAGAGGUGCUACAAGAACUGGAGCACGUGCAAGAAGGCAGCAUUUACGAAAUACUCCAACAAAUAUGAGACUGAUGAAGGUAAAAGAGAUAACCAGAGUGCGUUUUUAUGCUUGUGUCAUUUGUGUGUUGGCUCAUACUCAGGUUGACUACGUGAGCAGAACAACAAGAUAUAACCUGCAGGUCAUUUAGGUUGCGACAUGGGUCCGCGCUGAAUAUUUUGGUUGAAGAAUAAAGUUAACUACUAUUGGUCUAUGUCAAAGUAGAGAAAAAAUGUACUAGCACAUUCAAUGAUAUGUAGUUAAUAUAGUAAAAAGUGCUCAAUUAGGCGCAUAUUGUACAUAGACUAUUGGUUAUUGUUACUUUAGUAUGAUUUAGUGUUUGGUUUUAUCAAUCUUUGAUGCAAGAUUGAAACAUGAUCAAUAUUAUUCUAUGAUGUAUAUUUGAGCGUAUCUCUUUUUCA